AUACAAACUUGUGGGUAUUUAAAGAUAAAGUGGAAAAUCGAUGGAUAUUUGGAAGCCCCAUAAACGAUGGAAAGUCUACGUUUUUUUAAACAACACCUUAAAGCAAGUACCGUUUCUCUUAAUGAAAGCUGGAUAUAAUGGGUUGGUGGCUUUCUCUAAGAUCAGUCGUUCAUCAGAUUUUCGAAGAUGAUUGUCUAUCACGCGUAUCUCAAAUAUGUCGCUUUUGCGGUAGCUACAGUCACUUUUCCCAUCAUAGGAUUGAUUGUUUUGAAGAUUAUUCAAAAGUUUACUACCGGCAGGUGCAAGAGUUUGGUUUGUUUGAAUGGAAAGACGGCGAUUGUUACGGGAGGUGGUUCAGGAAUUGGCUUUGAAACGGCUCUCCAACUGGCCUCCCGCGGCUGUCGAGUAAUAAUCGCAGACCGAGAAGACGCCACCAAAACUAAAAACAAAAUCAUUGACCUUACCAACAACACAAACAUCGAGACAAAACAUCUCGACCUAACUUCCUUCCAGUCAAUUCGACGCUUUGCUAAAGAAAUUAACGAAACUGAAGAUCGACUCGACAUUUUAAUAAACAAUGCUGGCGCAGGAUCAGUUGGAAACAAACACACUGACGAUGGCCUGCACAUCACCAUGCAAGUCAACCACUUUGGUCCAUUCCUUUUAACACAUUUAUUGGCCGAUUUGUUGAAGAAAUCUGCUCCAAGUAGAAUUAUUUUCGUGAGCUCGGCCACAGCUUUCUUCUGGAACAAUCUAACAGUAAAGAAUUUGAAUUACCCAAGUGACCAUCCGAUGACUUUCUUCCGAUCAUCUUUCAUUUAUGGCAACUCAAAAUUGUGCAACAUCAUUGCGGCCAAUGGCUUUGCCGAAAGGUUGAGCCAAUUUGGUGUUACGUCUAACUCACUCCAUCCGGGUCUUGUCAACACUGAAAUUCAUCUCAAAUCGGCCAGGAUUUUAGGAAUUGAAACGUUUGGAAAAUUAUUCGCAAAUACGAUUUUGUAUUUGUACGGCAAAAGCCCCAAAGAAGGUGCCCAAACCACCAUAGCCCUGGCCGUCUCAAACCAUUUGCAAAACGUGACCGGGAAACACUUCUGGGAUUGCCGUACUUUCAUCCAACCUCCGAAAGCUUGGAACAGGAAGUUUUGUACCGAAAUUUGGGAAAAAAGCGAAGAGUUGACCAAACUUAAGCCCGAGGAGAAGCUUUAA